AUGCGCGAAUGCAACUUCACUGGUGCGGACUACACGCGCGACAAAGACAGGCUCGUCGAUAAUAUUCGCGUCGUGGCGCAAAGACCCUUCCUGUCGUCUAGCGGAAAUGCCAUGGGCAACGCAGGCAGAGUCAAAAGCGGAAGUGCCGCGGCCGCGGCGGCCAUUAGGACAGAAGCUUCUCUUGCGGAAAUCUGUCAUAAUUGGCUGGUGUAUGGACGUGGAUUAAUGUUGACGAUGCGGCGCCUGGCGCUCGGCAGGUGGAGAGAUCCACAAUACACGGAAAGGAGCAAGGUCGGCGGAAUGAUUGGACAGCGCUCUGAAGUUUGA